AUGGGUGGUGCAAAUUGGACAGGCGGUCGCAUGAAUCUGGCAAAGGCGCGCUCCAAAGAUACAGAAAAUCGCCUCGAGAAGAAGCAUUUCGCAAAUCGAUCUUUACGACUGGCGCCAUCAUCCCUUCGGCCUGCAGCCUCCAACCCUGGCACAAUACGAGACGGGAUAAACUUAGCAGCAGCGAGGCGCGAGAGACAGCUUACCAAUCAUGAAUAUCAUAACGUUGUCAGGAAAGAAACGGCGAACGAAACUUGGCCAGCUGACGGUGGGUAUCGAAAACCACCGAGCUCCACCACCAGCACCGAUAGCCGUUCCAGCAAUUCCAAACGUCGAGUAGUUCAUUCCAAAGUCCUUGAUGCUCUAGAUGAACAGACAGUAUCACACGCGGAGCUUAGGAGACGCAUAUUGAAGGCACAAGAUCUGGCUGGCUUGACUACCGAGCCAAAGUCACAAAGGAGCCCAAGCAACUGCGCAACAUCUCGCAUGGCUCUUGAUACCCGAUUCGAUGGUCCUGCAGUCGGAACUCGCACACAGACAUCCUCGUCCCCAAGGCCAUUUCCGAUGACGCUGUCCACCCGUCCGGAUGCGCCUGCUCGGCAGUCUGCAUCUCUCCAAUCGCACGGGACUAUGUCUGAUCGUACUGCUGUUGGAUCUGAUUCGAAUUGCUCAGAUAUUUCGGAUGAACGAAAUGUUCCGACAAGAUCUCCUGUGGCGCAAGGUACAUUGCUGGCUGCGACUUCUCACUCUCGCACAUCUAUGAGCGUCGAGCUUGAUUCGACACCUCAUUUGUCAUCUUCCAGACCACCGAGUAUACUGGCUUCUCCGGACGGUCCUGUACUCCUGCAGCCUAAACCUAUGCGAGCACAAGCAAUCGGUCUCCGUCGCAUGCGCGAACUUGAGGACACUGCCAAUGCUCAGCUAUCUGGCACCACUAAGCGGCUUACAGAUAGCACGCGAGACGAUGUCUGUGUCAGAAAAUCUGAGUUUCGGACUCACUCUUCCUCGCCGUCCUCUGGUGGAGACUCGUCUGAAUCGUUAUCGAACCUACUUUUGACGCACAAUCCAUGGGAUGGCUUCGCGCGUGAGCUCGGCCUGUCGCCUCCUAGGUUCAAGCCGCAACUUCCUUGGUGCCUACCAGACUUACCCGAGAAUUGGCUUCCUGAAAACGCUGGUGUCGAUCUUCGUCUACUGCUGGAGGCGAACCAAGUGAGGAAGCGGUUGCCUGAACUGGCGUUUGACGACGAGUUGGAAGCAAUCCGCGCCUCGACUCUGAAUUCCUACGAUGCUGAAGCGACUGCACCAGGAGGACUGGAUUCAGCGGGCUAUCACGGGGAUCCAGAUACUGAGAUGACAUGGGUUGGAGAUGCUGAAAUAUUGCAACCUACGAAUACAGAGUAUGACUGUCAUCCUGCGCCAUCAGAGGGACGAGAGGAUUAUAUCAUGGAUCAAGCACUAUUCACGGAAAUAUUUGGGGAUGUCGACAACGUCUCAUUAGGAAAUGGUCUGCAGUUUGACCGAGGAUCGGACUUUGAUGCUCUCCUUCAAGAGCUCGACGAGCUAUCGACUGUGAGGGACCGUCCCGCUCCAUAUGACACUUGUGCGAGCCACUGGUAA